ACAGCCAUGUAUCAUCCGAAUCAACAGUUCUUCAGUGGAUACACUUAUCCACAGUUUUUCGGUGUUCCGACUGAAACUGUGCCAUGUACGCAACAAAACAUAGCAAGAACUUCGUCUUCAAGUUCUGACGAUGCAUCGGAUCCGCCAGCUGCGAAGGCGAAACGUGAAAAAGUGGUUAAAAAGAAGGCGAGUGGUGAUGGUGAAGGCAAGAAGAAAUUAGACACGUCGGGGUUUUCAAUAGAGGAGCGCUUAGUGGCCGCGGCCUGGGUGCACGAGCGCUACCACACGCGCACCUCCAUGGGACAGAUAAAGCAGCAGUUCGAGCUGCGUUUCGGGCGGCCAGCACCAGCCAAGAACACCCUGGUAGUGUGGGAGCGCAAACUGUUUGCUUCUGGCUCCAUCCAUGAUGCACCGCGCGCUGGCCGACCUGCCAAGCGGAAGUUGGAACCGAGCGAAGUGUCAGAGUCUCUGGCCACGUCGCCUGCGCUGUCAAUGCGCGCGCGCGCGGCCGAGCUCAACGUGCCGCGCUCCACGCUGCGCGCGCUCAUGCGCCACCUGCCGGGCUCUCCCGCCAAGCCGGGUAACUAUAGCAGUGCAUACACAGGUACUAGCGAAGUGUCCCAGUCUCUGCCGAGCUCAACGUGCCGCGCUCCACGCUGCGCGCGCUCAUGCGCCACCUGCCGGGCUCUCCCGCCAAGCCGGGUAACUAUAGCAGUGCAUACACAGGUACUAGCGAAGUGUCCCAGUCUCUGCCGAGCUCAACGUGCCGCGCUCCACGCUGCGCGCGCUCAUGCGCCACCUGCCGGGCUCUCCCGCCAAGCCGGGUAACUAUAGCAGUGCAUACACAGGUACUAGCGAAGUGUCCCAGUCUCUGCCGAGCUCAACGUGCCGCGCUCCACGCUGCGCGCGCUCAUGCGCCACCUGCCGGGCUCUCCCGCCAAGCCGGGUAACUAUAGCAGUGCAUACACAGGUACUAGCGAAGUGUCCCAGUCUCUGCCGAGCUCAACGUGCCGCGCUCCACGCUGCGCGCGCUCAUGCGCCACCUGCCGGGCUCUCCCGCCAAGCCGGGUAACUAUAGCAGUGCAUACACAGGUACUAGCGAAGUGUCCCAGUCUCUGCCGAGCUCAACGUGCCGCGCUCCACGCUGCGCGCGCUCAUGCGCCACCUGCCGGGCUCUCCCGCCAAGCCGGGUAACUAUAGCAGUGCAUACACAGGUACUAGCGAAGUGUCCCAGUCUCUGCCGAGCUCAACGUGCCGCGCUCCACGC